AUGAAGAAGGUUCGUUUAAAGCUGAACAGUGGAAGGGAUUUUUUCUUUGAUGAACAUGGAGAUCCUCCUCCAGUCUACGAUAUUGUAAACUGGCAAAAAGACCCAAAUGGUAAAAUAAGACAGGUCAAGGUGGGAACAUACAAUAGUACCACAUCAUACUCGAAAGCUCUUAAUAUUAACACAAGUCUCAUACAAUGGGCUUCUGAUAACCAGCAGGUUCCCGUCUCCAUCUGCAGUGUAAGUUGCUUACCAGGCCACAGAAAAGCUUCUAUCAGAGGUGAACCAAACUGCUGCUAUGAAUGUGUACCUUGCUCUCAAGGAGAAAUUUCAAAUUUAACUGACUCUACAGUUUGCUUUAGCUGCUCCUGGAAUAAUUGGCCAAGUGAAGGAAAAGACAAAUGUCUACCAAAACCUGUUGAAUAUCUUUCGUAUGACGAGACUUUAGGCGUCACCUUGGCGUCAACAAGCAUUUCUUCUUCCUUAAUUCCAAUCGCCAUUUUAGGUCUUCUGAUUCAUUACAAAGCUACUCCAAUUGUCCGUGCCAACAAUUACCCCAUUAGUUGCCUUCUUCUGGUUUGCCUUGCCCUUUGCUUUUUGUGCUCUUUGUUGUUUAUCGGUUAUCCUCAAUGUCAAAAGUGCCUUUUACGUCAGGUUAUUUUUGGGAUAGUGUUUGCCUUAUGUGUCUCAUGCAUAUUAGCUAAAACAGUCAUGGUGAUGAUUGCUUUUAAAGCUACUAAGCCAAACAGUGAUUUGAAAAGAUGGGCCAGUCCCCAUGUAUGGUACCUACUGAUCGGUCUAAGCACAUGCAUUCAAUUUAUGAUCUGUAUUUUUUGGUUAUAUAAAUCUCCUCCUUUUCCUGAAUACAACUCUAAGGUCAAAACUGGGGUUCUAGUUCUCCAAUGUAAUGAGGGUUCAACAACAGCUUUUUGGCUUACUUUGGGCUAUCUAAGUCUCUUGGCUCUCAUCAGUUGUUUUGUUGCGUUCAUGGCUAGACAACUUCCCAGCACAUUCAACGAGGCUAAAUUCAUCAACUUCAGCAUGAUGGCCUUCCUCAGUGUCUGGUUUUCCUUUAUCCCAGCUCACCUGUCUACCAGUGGAAAGUACACAGUGGCCAUGGAGAUCUUUGCCAUCCUGUCCUCUACAUGGGCCAUGCUUGGCUGUAUGUUUGUUCCUAAAUGUUACGUCAUUUUGUUCCGUCCUAGUGCGAACUCAAAAAAGCAUCUCCUUGGAAAGAAAUAGAUACUAGCAGACAUAAAUAAUAAUAAAAAAAAAAGUA